AUGUAAAAUUAAGACAGUUUAUUCUUUUAGAGUCAACUCUAUGUGGCAGAAUUGUGUGAGCCCAUAAGUUUAAUAGAAUUUGUAUUGGAAGAUGUAAAACCAAAACAGGAAAAAUAAUAAAGAUUGUCACCAGUCAUUUAAGUUUCAGAUAGAAAAGAAAAAUUGAAAACACAAAAUGAAAAGAGUAUAGAUUUGUUGAAAUAAUAUAGAUAGUCAAUCCAUCCAAAUCUAAUGUGCCUCAUACAUAAUAAAGUAGAAAGAGUAUUUCAGAAAUUACUUGUAAAGGAAAAAAGUGGAUUAUUAAGAAAUUAAAUGAAGAAAACUAACCUAAGUAAGUAGUAACUUGUUUACCUAAUUUGCCUAAACCUAUUUAGAAUUAAGGAAAGCUAUUUUCAAACACUGCUUCGAGACAGAUGAAACAGAGACUCAAUAAAUUUAUAGUGGAUCAGAAUAAGAAUCAAUUCCUACUCCAGAACGAUAUUUUACAAGGAUAAAACUCUUCAUUGUCUCAUUUAAGUAAUAUUAAUUAAGUAAUUGUAUUAGUUAGAUUAAAAUCAGACUCUCCAAAAUAACUCCCGAUUUAUGAUGUUAAUUUUUUGUAGAACUUUUAAUAAUUGUUUUCUUGA